UUUAGUUACAAAGCGAUGCAAAUUUGUACGGUUAUUAACAUAUCCUUGUUACUUUUGCCCACAUUGUACGCGAUGUAUUUGCGAUCGGACGACAUGGAAGUUGUCUCUCACUGUGUUACUCAGGCGUUGUGCGAGAUUCAAUGUAUCGUUCAAACUAUUAUAUGUUUCAGCAAGCACGACACUCUACAACGUAUACUCGAAGAGCUGUGGAGUUGCAUCGGGAAGGCCCAAGAACACGAGAAGGAAAUUUAUCACGUGUAUCUUGCGAGAUGCAAUGUGUUUUACAGCAGUUACAUCGCUGCCACGUAUGCAACAGUAGCUGUCGGUUUGAUCGGACCCUUGUUUCUUCCAAUUGUUCAAAUGAUAUUCGCUGAAUAUCCGUUUAACGUCAAUCGUACGUUAGUAAUUGCUGUCGUGCGUGCACAUCAAAUUAUCACCGGCCACCAAAUUUGCGCACACAUAUGCAUGUGCCUGUUCGGAGGGCUUCUAAUUUGGUUCGCCGCCGCGAGAUACGAAUGUCUGAUGGUGGAACUGCAGAGAACCACGGAUAUUCACAUGCUGAUCGUGUGCAUCGAGAAACAAUUACGUUUAAAGAGAUACGCGGAAGAUGUGGUCGAGUGUUUCCGUUUCAUGGUCCUGUUUGUCAUAGCUGCGUGCACGUUUGUCAUAACCGUAUGUGCCAUAACAAUAGUCACGAAUACACCAUUGGUGGCAAAAAUACUGUUCACAGGAAUCACUGUGUCCCUGCUCAUGUACAUUUACAUGUACGCGUGGCCGGCUGAUCACAUGAAAGAGAUGAGCUUGAAAUUUUCGCAAAGUGUGUACGAUUUACCGUGGUACGAACAUACAGCGAGGAUGCAGAAGAAUCUGCUGAAUGUCUUGGCAUACCAGAAGCCAGUGGUUCUCUCCAUCAACUGUCUAGUACCGGAGCUUUCUUUGCGCUACUAUUGCUCGAGCGAAAAGGUUUCGCGAAGUGGAUACAACGGGAAAUGGUACGAAACGACGUUAGAAAUGCAAAAGUGUCUGCUAAACGUGUUGGUAUAUCAAGAACCGGUCAUUUUCUCCAUCAAUUGCGUAGUGCCAGAGUUUUCUUUGCCUUACUAUUGUUCGUACCUCUCCAAUGCUUUCUCCAUUUUCACGACUUUGCGUAUCGCGUUAGAGGGUAACUCGGUAUGAACAUGUGAUUCCAACUGUCUUUCUGGACCCGUGAAACGAAUUCCUUGCGGCAAUCACGAUGAGAAAUAUUUAUUGCGACAGCCUUGAUAGUAACGAAUACAGUCCCUAUAACACUAGAAAAGUAUAAGCCUUGUUGUAUUAAUAAAAAUAAAUAUAUAUGAAACGUUUAAUAGCUAUAAAUUUCUUGCCAGGUUCAAUCAC